AUGGCUGACGACGACCACGCAUUACUUGCUGCAUAUCAAGCCUCUGUUUUAGAGGCCCCGAACAAGCAGCCAGAUGACGCCAUGCUUGCCACCCUUGGAAUUAAGGUCCGCGACUACGGGAUCAACAAUCCACUCCCGGCUUUGAAAUCAAUUCCAUCAGCUCCAAAGCCGCACUCGAGAGCGUUGAAGAGGGAGAAUGGUGGUCGUCUAUACGGAGUAGCGAGGACGAUGCCCUUUGAUGACCCACGACCCACAAAGAAGCCAAGGCUAGAUGACGACGAUGAAGCAGCCUUGCGAGCCUCUUGCGACGAGUUUUUCAGUGCAUCACAGGACUCGCAAUCCCAAGACUACACACUCUCCCAAUCCCAACCAGGAUCAUACUCGCAAGAUUCGGCUGUCUUCUCACAGACUUCAGGAUUUAGGACCCCCACCAUCUCGCCCAAUGGCUCAUACUGUUGGCCUGAUGGUGAACCACCUCCAGGAGUGACCGAAGGGUCCCAAUCUCAAGCUGUCCAAUCACAACCAUCUCCCCCCUGCAGCCCUACGCCGCGGCGAGCUUCUUUCGUGACAUCGCCACAGAGUAGAGGCUCUCCUAGUCCAAUGCCAUUGACCCCUCCUCCAGUACCGCGAAACUUUUCGCUGUCGUCGCUGUCCUCACUUUCUUCUCUUACGCCAUCACCAUCGCCCUCCCCACCCCCCGAGGCCAUGAUGAUGCGGACAUUUCCAUCUUCAGAAGCUUCUUCAUCAAGCGGCAGCUCCCCUGCCCAGACCCCGCGCUAUCUACUACGCACGCGGAGAGAACCCGCGCAUAAAGCGCCUGCCCGUCGCUCCAAACCUCGACGACCACAUCGCCAAGAGAGCUUCACCCUCGAAAUACGAUCGUGA